AUGAGUCGAUUGCGGCAGGUGAUGGUACUAAGCCGUGACCUCGCACGGUCAAAACAAUUCUACGAAGAAGGACUGCGAUUAAAGUUACUACGCUCGUCAAGUACGUAUGCAGAAUUUGAGAUGAAUGCAGGUGUGCCGCUUUGUAUCAAGUUAGCGCAAAGUGAAGCUGCAUGUAGUAGUGGCUACUCGCCAUUUCUAAAUUUUGAUAUUACAGACCUAAGCGACGCUGUCCCACGGUUGUUACUACUGGGUGCGAUAAUGGACGGCCCUAUUAAGUAUCCUGCCCAUGGAAAAGUGGCUGCCUUGCGCUCUCCUGAUGGAGUGAUGAUUGGUUUAUAUGAGCCAAAUUCGUGGGAGAAUGUUACUUCGGCAUAA